AUGAAGGCAUUAAAGAACUUGAAAUCAUUAACCUUAGCAGGCAAUUUCGAUGUAACGGGAAAAUACAUUAGCGACCUCAAAGGUUUGAAACAACUGGCUCUUAACAAUUGCACGAAAAUAGAGACCCAAUACUUUCAACAAAUCUUUGAAAACCUUAAAAAUCUAAUACUGCUCGACAUAAGAAAUUGCGGUCACUUGACAACACAAAAUUUUCAACAAAUUUAUGAUAAUCUUCAACAACUAAAGACUCUUAAAGUAACUACCACCAAAGAAAACAUAAAUUGCAUGGCAAAAUUACCAAAUCUUAAGCAAUUGGAAAUAAGUAGAAAUAAUAUCUUAAGCCCUGCCAUAGCUAAAGGGUUUUUAACUAAUUUAGCCCAUUACCAAGCUGAACAAUUAGAAGAAUUAAAGCUAAUAGACUGUGCUAAUUUUGAUGCGGAUAAAGCUGGCUUAGUAACUAAAUUGAAUAAGUUAAAAAUAUUACAUUGCAUUUGCAAUGCCUUUGAUGAUGAGAUUUUAGAGCAGUUUUCAAAACUUAAGGAAAUACAAGAGUUGUUUAUUAGCAACAGCUAUUUUGUAAGCAAUGAAAGUGUUUUACAACUUUUAGAAAACUGUCCAAAACUAACCAGCUGCAACGAUAAUUAUAACACAUCACGUAAAACAUAUAGCCGUAAAAAUUGUGGUAAGCAUUAA